AUGGCAUCAUUACAAGCACACGAAGAUACCGAUGACAAUCUUUAUCCUAUUGCUAUACUCAUUGACGAACUUCGAAAUGAAGAUGUACAACUACGUUUGAAUAGUAUACGUAAAUUAUCAACUAUUGCGCUUGCACUGGGCGUUGAACGUACACGUGGCGAAUUAAUUCAGUUCUUAACAGACACUAUCUACGACGAAGAUGAAGUACUUCUUGCUUUGGCCGAACAAUUAGGCAACUUCACGCCAUUAGUUGGUGGCCCAGAUUAUGUCUACUGUUUGCUUCCACCACUUGAAAAUUUAGCUACUGUUGAGGAAACCGUAGUGCGUGAUAAAGCUGUGGAAAGUUUACGCAAAAUCGCAGAUAAACAUUCAAGUGCUGCUCUCGAAGAACACUUCAUCCCAAUGAUCAGACGUUUAGCUACAGGUGAUUGGUUCACAUCGCGAACCUCGGCAUGUGGACUUUUCAGUGUCGCUUAUCCCAGAGUGAGUCCUGCUAUAAAGUCGGAGCUUCGGAAUUUAUUUCGUACAUUAUGUCGUGAUGACACACCGAUGGUGCGACGUGCCGCAGCUUCAAAAUUAGGCGAGUUUGCCAAAGUUUUCGAAGCCGAUUUUCUUCGCGACGAACUCCUCCAGAUGUUUAUGGAUUUGGCUUCAGAUGAGCAGGAUUCUGUGCGAUUGUUAGCAGUUGAAGCAUGCAUUUCUAUCGCUGCUUUGUUGACGGAAGAACAACGGAAAGAGCUCAUUAAACCAGUUCUGAUCAAUCUAAUUGAGGACAAAAGCUGGCGUGUGCGUUAUAUGGUGGCUGAGAAAUUCACUGACAUACAAUCUGCUGUUGGCAAAGACAUAACAAUAAACGAGCUUCUCCCGGCAUUCAGCAGUCUUCUGAAGGAUAUGGAAGGCGAAGUACGUAGUGCAGCUGCUGCAAAAAUACAAGCAUUUUGUGCUGCACUUCCUGCAAUUGGUCGAGAAAAAGCAAUUUUGACUCAUGUCUUACCUGUUGUUAAAGAGCUUGUUAGCGAUCCAAAUCAGCAUGUAAAAACAGCACUUGCAUCUGUGGUCAUGGGUUUAGCUCCAAUACUUGGAAAAGAUCUCACGAUGGAGCACCUUCUACCAAUUUAUUUGACCCUUUUGCGUGAUGAAACUGCCGAAGUUCGAUUAAACAUAAUUUCUUCACUGGACAAGGUGAAUGAAGUAAUCGGUGCAUCGCAAUUGUCACAGUCGUUGUUACCGUCAAUUGUAGAAUUAGCUGAAGAUGGCAAAUGGCGUGUACGUCUAGCAAUUGUUGAUUUCAUGCCUUUGCUUGCUGCUCAAUUGGGACAAGAAUUUUUCGAUGAGAAAUUGCUUCCGCUUUGUAUGGCAUGGCUAACCGAUCAUGUUUAUGCCAUACGCGAAGCAGCGACUGGAAUUCUGAAACAACUAACGGAAAAGUUUGGUGCUGAUUGGGCGAUGAAACAGGUGGUUCCAAAGGUAACAGCACUUGCGACCGAUACAAACUAUUUGCAUCGUAUGGCAUGCUUAUUUUGCUUCAAUACUCUUUGUGAAGCUCUGGGUGCAGAGCAUACUCUUAAAGAAAUCUUCCCUGUAGUACAACAGCUAAGUGAUGACCAUGUGCCGAAUGUCAGAUUCAAUGUUGCUAAAACUCUUCUCCGUAUUGGUCAUACGGUUGAUCAGGGAAUAGUUAACAGUCAGAUCAAACCAUUACUGAUUAAAAUGUGUAAUGAUAGCGAAUUCGACGUCAGAUAUUUUGCUGACGAGACGCGAAUGGCAUUGGGACUGACAAAUUAA